CUGGCAGGUCAUCCGCCUACAAUAGAUGUGCCCAUUGAAUUCGCGUGAGCGUGGUGUGGGUAGGUGGGACAUUGACUCAUUUUAAACAACUGCGCGAGCGACGGUGAGAGGUGGAGCGAGCUGGUCCUGUCCUGAUCCUCGGGUCACAACAUGGGCCGACUGGAUGUUGGCACGCUGCGGUACAUGGCGAAGGAGGACUUCCGUGUGCUCCAGGGCGUCGAGGCCGGCAUGCGGAACCACGAGCUCGUCUCCACCCCACUGGCCUGCUCUCUGGCUAACCUGCGCGCCGGCGGUGCGCAGAAGAUCAUCCGCCAGCUGCAGAACAACAAGCUGCUGGCGUACGAGCGCGGCCGCCGCUACGACGGCCACCGGCUGACCGUCAGCGGCUACGACUUCCUGGCGCUGCAUAACAUGGUGAACGGGGCCUGGCUGGACGGCUUCGGCAACCAGAUCGGCACUGGCAAGGAGUCGGACGUGUACGCGGUGUACGACAACCACGGCGAGGCGCUGGCGCUCAAGUUCCACCGGCUCGGCCGCACAUCCUUCCGCAAGCUGAAGCUGCUGCGCGACUACCACAAGAACCGCUCGCACAUGUCGUGGCUCUACCUGUCGUCGCUUUCGGCCAAGAAGGAGUUCUCGUACAUGAAGGCGCUGCACGAGCGUGGCUUCCCGGUGCCGCGGCCUGUCCACCACAACCGUCACGCGGUGCUCAUGUCGAUCGUGGAGGGCGCGCCGCUGUGUGAGCUGCGCGAGCUCGAGAACCCGCAGCGGCUGUACGCUGAGUGUAUGGAGCUGAUGAUUCGACUGGCCGAGUGCGGCGUCAUCCACUGCGACUUCAACGAGUUCAACCUGAUGGUGACGGACGAGGAGCGCCUGGUGCUGAUCGACUUCCCUCAGAUGGUGUCCACGUCACACCCAAACGCUGAGCAGCUGUUCCAGCGCGACGUCGACUGCUUGCGCCGCUUCUUCAGUAGGCGCUUCCACUUCGAGAGCGACGAGUUCCCCGUGUUCGCCGAGGUGGUGCGCACCGAUGACCUCGACGCGGAGAUCCGGGCCAGCGGCUACAGCCACGAGUUCGAUGAGUUCGACGGUAUCAUCGGCGUGGGCGACGCUGGCGAGGGGAGUGACGCCGAGUUGGCGGAGAGGCGCGAUGCGAGCGACGGACCAGAGGGUAGCGAGGACGAGGACCGCUUUGAGGACGCCAGUGACACGCCGCACGGUGAGGAGGGCGUGACCGAGCAGCCCGAUACGCCCGCGUCAUUUCCUAUUGACAGUUCGGCGCGGGUGGCUCUGUCUCGCUCCCCGCACGAAGGGGACACGCCUGGAGAGGGUGAGGACACGGCCGUCGCCGUAGAGAACACGCCCACCGGCGAGGACUCGUCCGGUGAGGAGGACCCGCCGGACGGUACCUCCAGCGGCGGCGAGGAUGAGGAGGCGGCGGCCGCGCAACGGCGCCAGCUGCGCCGGCUGAAGCAGCAGCGGCUGGAGCAGCAGCGGCUUGAGGCUCGCAGUCAGCUGAGCGAGGCGAUCGCCCGCUCCGCCAGCCAGCGUAGCCGCAGCACGGCCGCCUCGACGAUCACGAUCCGGGAGAGCAGCUCCGGCUUCUGGGCCGACUGA